GUCGAAGUAUUCUAUUCAUACUCCAAAAAUGGCAGAAGCUGUUGGAUUCGUGUCUGCCGGUGUUGGUAUUGCUUCGUUUGCUGUUCAAGUUUCGAGCAGUAUUGGUGCUUGGAAAGCCACUUAUCAGUACAACCGGGAAAAAGCACCACAGGAGGUUGAGGAUCUCACCAGCCAUCUUGAAUUCGUGAGGCUCUUUUUGGACCAUAUCCAGCCUUAUGGGGGGAACCCACUUGUUGGCCAUGCCAUUCGAAGCUGUCGGUCGGUGUAUAACGACGUAGAAAAAACUAUCCAACUGCUUCUCGAGAAGAUAAACCCGGUUACAGUUACCCGGAAAUCAGACUGGAAGGCAGUCAAGUUUCUUCUGUCUGGACAAGUUCGCAAACAGAUUGAAGAUAUUGAAAUGAAGCUUCUACGGGUCACGCUGCUGCUGAAUGUCUCAAGGUGUGCUCUAUUACCAAUUCCACCUGAAACCCCUCAGUCAAACAAUAUCAAUCCACAAACUUUACCCAAUGUUCUAUCAAACCCCUUGGAAGUGCCCCCUAGUACCGAGAAUGUCACUUCUCAGGAGAUCAGCGCAGCUCUCUCACGACCGCGAGAUCGCCGGGUCAUGCAAAAGACAUCUUGUGCCGUUCGACUCUGCCAUUGCUCCUGCCACAUGACGGAAAACAGCCGAGGUCGUUACUGGGGCUUAGAAUACACCCCGCUUUCGCUAAUUCUUGGACAUUGCGACUACGACAAAUGCGACAUGAAGAGGGUUCAAUGCAGAUUUCGACUUGCUUUCAAUCGGAUUCGUGUUCCGUGGGCGCUUCUCAUGGACUUUGAAUCUAUGCUUGGCUCUGGAAAAUGUUCGAUACGGCCAGCUCUCAGCCUGAAAAGAGUGGUGAACUAUACUUCGCCAGGAUUUGAAAUUAUGUGGAGGUGUGAGAAUCACCUUAUGCCACUUGCGGAUACUCUCAGCCAACUCCGGGAUCUGGACAAAUUGCCGUCCCCUCUCCAACAACAUGUUAAUCCAGACGGAGAAAACUAUGUCCAGGCCCUUCUUUGUCAUGGCCCUUGGUCUGAUCAGACUAGGCAAUUUGAAUUACUUGCCUUUUUUGUUGAAGAAUCAGGUAUAGAAAUCGAAAAUGAAGAUAGCAAGUUUCUCACACGAUGCGUCUCAUGGAUCGGGGAAGGCCGCCAUCUUGAUUUGCUUGAUACGAUGCUUCAAUUAGGAUUCGACCCCAGCGGAAUGAAUUCGCCGCUCUUCCAGCAAUGGCCUUGGCCGUGCUCGCCCAAUUGGAGAUCGGAAGAACUCACGCCUGACCCGUUUUUUCAUGAAUACCUUGCGGCUCUAGUUAAGAAAAACCCAGGAUUUGGAGGAUCUACGCCACUUCAAGAUGCUGUUUUGUGCGGAGAAACGGCAAUUGUUCAACGCCUACUUCCAAUGGCGACUGACUCGGAUAGUCAUCGAAAUUUCCUGGGCCAGACACCAUUGCAUCUGGCUGUCUGUAACCUAGAAAUAUCCACACUUCUUCUGGAUGCUGGGCACGAUAUAAAUACCACGGAUAGGUGGGGAAUCACUCCACUGAUGUAUGCUGCCGCACUAGGAGUGAGCGAGGUUGUGCAAUUACUCAUCAUCAGAGGGGCAAAUAUUAUGACACGUGCUACUAAUUGGAAUCGGGAUUUCAUGCACUACGCAUCUGUGCGUGGCCACUGGGACCUGAUACUCGAAUCGCUCUACACUAUUCGGCACAAAUCGAUCUGCACUAUUCCGUUACGCUAUCGCGAGGAAAUCCACCAAAUUUUGUUAAGAAAGCUAUCCUACAUUUGGUGGCUAAAGAUACUUGGCUUGGUGACUCAAAGAUUAAGUAUUACGAGAGCCUCCUUGAGGCUUGCGAGGAUGUGAAUUUCACAUUUGAUGAUUUGAAUAAAGGUAAAAAUAAUCAAAACUUACUGCAUUAUGUUAGGAAUGACAGAGAGUUCCAAGCUCUUCUUCGUCGCGGUUUCCAU